AUGUCUUCUAAAAAACCAGAAGUUGUUACUACCAAUUCUGUGGUCGUUGACACUUCUAUCACUACAGAGAAAAGUCAACAAGAAACUUUGUUAAACUUAAAUAUUGAUGACUUGGAAAAGGUAACAGAUUCAAAUAUUAUUCCUCAAAAAAGAUUGUUUAGUUUUUUGCAUUCCAAAAAAAUACCUGAAAUACCAACCUAUAAUACAAACAGUAACAACGAUCAGAGUGAUGAAAGACCUAUUUAUCCACUCUAUCACGUAAAUUGGAUCAGUAGAAUAUUCUUUCUUUGGAUCAUUCCGCUGAUUAAAAUAGGUUAUAAAAGAACAUUACAACCAAACGAUCUAUUUAAACUAGACGACAGAUUAAGUAUCGAAUCCUUAUACAAUGAUUUUGAAAACAAUUGGAAUAGAAUAUUAAAAAUCCAUAAUGGCAAAAUCCCUAAAUUUGCCUUAGUCAUUACUCUAUUGAGAACAUUCAGAUAUAUGUUUGGUUCUUCAAUUCUAAUUUCAAUAAUAUAUAGUUGUGGCCAAGCGUUGACACCGUUGCUAACUAAAAAACUAAUUAAUUUUGUUGAAGAAAAACAAUUUAUCCCACAUUUACAUGUAAAUAAUGGUGUAGGUUAUGCUAUUGGUACUUCCGUAUUAAUGCUAACUACAGGACUAUUAUUUAAUCAUUUCUUCCACAAUUCAAUAAUGACUGGAUAUCAGGUACGUAGCGUCCUAACCAGAGCUGUUUUUACCAAGACUUUUAAAAUUUCCCAGUACUCUCACCAUAAGUACAGUAAUGGUAAAAUAACAUCUAUCAUGAGUACUGAUUUAAGUAGAAUGGAAUUGGCAUGGGCUUUCCAACCAUUGCUGUGGUCAUUCCCUGGACCACUAAUUAUUUGUAUUGUUUUAUUGAUUAUCAAUUUGGGUGCAAUUUCGCUCAUUGGUUUCGGCACUUUUUUUGUUAUCGUUGUACUGAUUUUAUUUGCAUUCAACCAAAUUAUUCAGCUAAGAGUCAAGACCAACAAAUUCACCGACCAAAGGGUUUCAUUAAUGAGAGAAAUCCUAAACAGUUUAAAAAUGAUCAAAUAUUACGCUUGGGAAGAUGCUUAUGAUAAAAAUGUCAAAGAUAUUAGGAAAAAUGAAGUUAGCUUGGUAGUUAAAAUGCAAAACAUUAGAAAUAUAUUUACUGCUUUUGCUAUUGUCUUGCCUAGUUUAUCUUCAUUAAUUGUAUUUUUGGCACUAUAUAAAAUUAACGGUAAUGGAUUUCAGGGGAAAAAUACGGGUCAGAUUUUUUCCUCUUUAUCAUUAUUUGAAGUUUUGAGCUUGCAAAUGAUAUUUGUUCCCAUUGCUCUGGGUACUGGUAUUGAUGGGUUAAUUGCCCUUAGUAGAGUACAAGAUUUUUUAUUAGCCGAAGAGGAAGAAAAAUUAAAGCCAUUACCCCCUUGUGAUUUGUCUAAGGAUAAUGUAUUAGAAUUGGAAAACUGUUCUUUUGAAUGGCAAGAUUAUGAAGCUCUUAUUCAAAAAGAAGAGGAAGACGAGGAAAAGCAAAAAAAAUCGAAAUCUAUCAAGUUUAGUUUUGUAAAGAAAAAAAACACAACAAGUGAAAAGCAACAGGACUGUAUCUCUGAGGACAAAAACAAUAAGAAGAAAAUCACGACCAAUAACAACGUUGCAAAUCCUAUUAAAGGGUUCCAUGAUAUUUCGUUUGAAGUGAAAAGGGGUGAGUUGAUUAUUGUUACAGGCGGUAUAGGUACUGGUAAAUCAUCUUUAUUAUUAGCUUUGGCAAGAUUCAUGACCCGAACAAGUGACGAAAGCACCUCUACGUUUAAACAAACAGGCACAUUGCUAUUGUGUGGCUAUCCUUGGGUCCAAAACACAACAGUUAGAAAUAACAUUUUGUUUGGUUCCAAGUUUGACCCUAUCAAAUACGAUAAAGUUAUUAAAGCAUGUUCUUUAACUACUGAUUUAAGUAAUUUGCCAGCAGGUGAUUUCACUGAGAUUGGCGAGCGCGGUGUUACACUAUCUGGUGGUCAAAAAGCACGUAUCAAUUUGGCAAGAAGUGUUUACAGAGAUAAGGAUAUAUAUCUGUUUGAUGAUGUUUUAAGUGCUGUUGAUGCUAGAGUUGGUAAGCAUAUUAUGGAUGAGUGCAUUAUUAAGUUUUUGAACGGUAAGACUAGAAUUUUAGCUACACAUCAAUUAAGUCUUAUUGAAAAAGCUGAUAGGGUUAUUUAUUUGGGUGCAGGUGGUUCGUUUAACAUAGGCACAGUCGAUGAACUAUUAUCGACAAACAAUGGAUUUUCACAAUUAAUGGAUUUUUCCAAAAGGGAAGCCGACAAAGAACAUAUAAAAACGCAAGAAGAUGAAGCUAUGGAGAUUCAGUCAGUUAGUAGCAGUAGCAGCACUUCGGAUAUCGAGGAAAAGUAUAGAUCGCAAGAUACAAAAAUGAUGGCCAAAAUGGGACAAACCAUUCUUAAAGAAGAAAGGGCAAUUAAUAGUAUGAGUUUGAAUAUUUACAAGAAAUAUUUAAAGGCUGGUUCAGGUAAAUGGUAUUUACUAGCCACCAUAAUGUAUUUAUUAUUUGUCGCUUUUUCCACAUUUACUGAACUGUUUAGUUCUGUUUGGCUUUCCUUUUGGACAGAAGAAAAGUUCAAAGGAAGAAAAGAUGGCUUUUAUAUGGGCUUGUAUAUUUUAUGGGUAUUCAGCUCUUUACUAUUUUUGGUGCUUCAAUUUGUCCUGAUUUGUGAAGUUGCCCUAAGAGCCAGCAGAAAUCUAAAUAUAAAGGCUGUAGAGACCGUAUUACACACACCAAUGAGUUUUAUCGACACCACCCCCAUCGGUCGUAUUUUAAACCGUUUUACCAAAGAUACCGAGGUUUUAGAUAGUGAAAUUUUAGAACAAUUAAGAAUGACAAUAAACGAGGCCUUUAUGGUUAUUGGUGUGAUGAUUAUGUGUAUUAUUUAUUUGCCUUGGUUUGCCAUUGCUGUUCCUUUUAUUAUGUUAUCGUUUGUUUUCAUUUCGGAUCAUUACCAAAGUAGUGGGAGAGAAAUAAAAAGAUUGGAGGCAGUUCAACGGUCAUUUGUCUAUAAUAAUUUUAAUGAAGUUUUGACUGGCAUUGAUACUGUUAAAGCAUAUAGCCUGCAAGAGAUGUUUUUAAAGAAAAACGAUUAUUUGAUUAAUAAACAAAAUGAAGCAACGUACUUGACUGUUGCCACCCAAAGGUGGGUUUCUAUUUGUAUGGAUAUUGUUGCCGUCUGUUAUGCUUUAAUUAUCACUUUGUUGUGUGUUACCAGACAAUUCCGUAUUGGUGCAUCUAGUACUGGGGUUUUGUUAUCUUACGUUUUGCAAUUUCCCGGCUUAUUAAACUCGUUAUUGCGGUCAAUAACGCAAGCUGAAAAUGAUAUGAAUAGUGUGGAGAGGUUAGUUUAUUAUGCCUCAGAUUUACCUCAAGAGGCACCAUAUCGCAUAAUGGAAUUAAAACCCGACAACAAUUGGCCCAUCAAUGCCAAUAUAAUUUUCCAAAAUGUUAGUUUGAAAUACAGACCAGAAUUACCAUUUGUACUGAAGGACUUAAGUAUAGAUAUUAAAGGCGGUGAGAAAAUUGGUGUUUGUGGCAGAACAGGCGCUGGUAAAAGUACAAUUAUGAGUGCACUAUAUAGAUUGGUGGAAUUGACACAUGGUAAAAUUAUUAUUGAUGGUAUUGAUAUCAAUAAGAUUGGUUUAUUUGACUUGCGUUCCAAACUGACCAUUAUUCCACAAGAUCCUGUAUUAUUUAAGGGUACUAUUAGGAAAAAUUUGGAUCCAUUUGGUGAAUGUAACGACGACAUUUUAUGGAAUGCCUUAGUCAGAAGUGGUGCAAUUACUGAAGAUAUCAUAAAAGACGUCAGGUCACAAACAAAAAGCAAAGAAGAUGGUAACACUGAGUUACAUAAAUUCCAUCUGGAUCAAACUGUUGAGGAUGAAGGUUCAAAUUUUUCUUUAGGGGAAAGACAAAUUCUAGCACUAAGCAGAGCUUUAGUGAGGAAAUCUAAAAUUUUAAUUUUAGAUGAAGCCACAAGUAGUGUUGAUUAUGAAACAGAUGCUAAUAUACAAGCCAGGAUUGUUAAAGAGUUUCCACACUGUACCAUAUUGUGUAUUGCACAUAGAUUGAAAACUAUUUUGAAUUAUGAUCGUAUUUUAGUUUUAGAAAAGGGGGAGAUUCAAGAAUUUGAUUCUCCGAUUAACUUAUUUGAUAAAGAGAAGGGAAUAUUUAGAGAAAUGUGCGAUAGAUCAGGUAUUCAAAGAAAUGAUAUAAAAUGCUCAUACGGUGAGUAG